GGAACGGAAGUCAGCGCCCGGCUCUUCUUCCUGCUCCGCGGGUGCCGUCACGCCUAACUUCUCCUUCCAAAUUCCAAGCAGUAAGGAAAUGGGCAUCCAUCCACGUCUUGCCAUAAAAACAACGAACGCCACAGGACGCUGACUCCCCUACCACUUCUACUACCAGAAUCAUCUGCUAGUGCGGGCCGACCGACACCGGGAGUCUUCGGUGCUCUAUAACCAACGGCACCCACCCCUCCUCCUCCUCCUCGGCGAUUCCGCCGCCCAACGGCCCAAGAUAUAGCGAUCCUCCUCUCUAUAUUGCUGCUCCACUGAGGCGAGACCCAUCGGAAGAUGGUGGGUUUUGGGAGGACGGGCAUCUGAGAGGCGGCAGCCAUGACGGGGAGGAUGGGGUUGCUCGUGCUGUUCGUCGCGGCGGUGUUGGUCGGGCCGUCGAGAGGGGGAGGAGAGGUGGACGGGGUGCAUGUCCUGCCUGGAUGGACGCGGCCCCCCUCUUCUUCCUCAACCUCUGCUCCUCCGUCUUCACUGGUUCUCGAUGGGGAUCUCGUGGACAAAAUAUGGUCAAUUUGCUUACAAGACAUAGUUGGCGCGGAGGAAAUUUUAGGCACUGGGCAGACGUUUGCUUAUGAAGAACUGCCAAGCCAUUCUUCAAAGGGUGAACUGAAGACGAUGCUGCUUAUCGAACUCCUGGCCCUUCUUCCACCUGACAAGUCUUCUGUUACCCAUGACUGUAUCCGCGCAACUUAUAUCAGCUUGGGCAUGUCACAAGAAUUUAUCAACUAUCUUGAGGACCAGCAGGUCUUGCUUCGUUCAAACUUCUAUCCAAGAAGACGGCAUUUGGCUGAUCAAAUGGUUGGAGAUGCUCCUUCCUCUGGAGGUGAAGCUCGGUUUCCUCUUUCUCUGACGGAGCCGCCAUUUACACCUCCCAACUCUCCGAACACCGAACCUCGCAGCCGACAUCUCGAAGAUAAACCUGCAAAGAAGCGUCGGGGAGUGCCUCCUCCAGUCUCACCUUCGGAUAAGCAGCAUAACUACAUAAAAUUGGUCUUGACUGUCGUGCUCCCGACGGCGGCCUUCUCGUUCAUUGCUGCAUUUCUGAUUUUCUACUGCUGUGGAUGCAACAAGAGCAAGGUCUCUGUUGGCGAGCCUCGAGAUGACCAUCCUCUUCUUGACAUGCAGUUGGCUAACACGCCUGGCGCGUCACCCAAUAUCCGUGCAUCCUCCAGUCAGCUUCACAAGGAUGAUCAAGGGGUCAGGGCUUCUAAGCCCGGAGGCAGCAUGAGUCGGUGCUUUCCAUGCUGUUUUAAAACCUCAACUGAUGCGUCAACUCCCGCGCAAGCUACUGGAGGAACACAGGACAACACAAGUGAUGCUCCUAAACCAAUGCCUCCGCCACCGCCACCGCCGCCGCCUCCACCACCGCCUCCUCCUGUCAGGAAGGCUGGUCCUCCCCCACCUGCACCUCCCAAAGGCUCAUUAGCAAGAUUUCCUCAGCUGUCACCUGUUGAGUCAAGUCAUUCUGAAGGAUCAUCUGCAAGCGAGCAGGCCAGUGAAUCAUCUGAAGCUGAAGUGGGUGCUCCAAGACCCAAACUUCGGCCAUUCUAUUGGAACAAAGUUCUUGCCAAUCCUAACCAGUCGAUGGCCUGGCAUGACAUCAAGUUUGGUUCUUUUCAUGUGAACGAGGAUAUGAUAGAGGCAUUGUUUGGUUAUGGCGCUGGCAACAGAAACAACACCAAGGACAAGGAACUUGCCAUGGCAGACCCUUCACCUCAGCAUGUUUCUCUUCUUGAUUUUAAGAAAUCGUGCAACCUGGCAGUUGUUUUCAAGGCAAUGAAUGUCAGGGUAGAGGACAUUCAAGAUGCUCUCAUUGAAGGAAAUGAACUUCCUAGACUACUUCUCGAGACUAUCUUGAGAAUGAAACCAAGUGAUGAGGAGGAGCUGAAACUCAGGCUUUACGAUGGGGACUACUCGCAACUAGGUCUUGCAGAACAAGUCAUGAAGGCACUAACUGACAUUCCUUUUGCUUACAAGAGGAUCAGCGCUCUGCUUUUCAUGUCAUCUUUGCAAGAAGAUGCUUCAAGUCUCAGGGAUUCAUUCCUGCAAUUGGAGGCUGCUUGUGGGGAACUAAAGCACCGCCUUUUUCUGAAGCUGCUAGAAGCUGUUCUCAAAACUGGAAACCGUUUGAAUGACGGGACCUUCCGUGGUGGUGCUAACGCAUUCAAACUUGACACCCUUCUGAAGUUGUCAGAUGUCAAGGGUGCCGAUGGAAAAACUACAUUGCUUCACUUUGUUGUCCAGGAGAUUAUUCGGUCCGAAGGUGUCCGCGAAGCAAGGUUGGCCAUGGAAAGUGGAAGGACUCAACCUUCCGGAGACGAUUCGAACGGGUCUCUCCAAGAAGAUGGCGAGUACUACUCCAAGCUCGGCCUAAAGAUUGUAUCAGGGCUUAGCAGUGAACUGGUUAAUGCCAAGAACAUAGCCGCGCUAGAUGCUGAUGCUUUGUCUGCCAGUGUAUUGCAGCUCAGGCGUGAGUUGCUGAACACAAAGGAGUUCCUGAACUCUGACAUGGAAACGAUAGAUGAGAAUAGUGGAUUCCACCGCUCGCUGUCACGUUUCGUAGAACAUGCAGAGAAUGAGACCAACUUUCUGUUGAAAGAAGAGAAGAGGUUGAGAUCAUUGGUGAAGAAAACAAUCCGGUAUUUCCAUGGAAACGAUGCGAAAGAUGACGGAUUUAGCCUCUUUGUCAUUGUAAGAGAUUUUUUGGUGAUGCUAGAUAAGGCCUGCAAGGAAGUUGGGGCAUCACAAAAGAAGGCGGCGAGUCAAUCUCGGAGCAGUGGCAGUUGUAACCCAGCUUCACAGUUAAAUCCCCAGGAGAAACAGUUUCCUGCAGUGCUGGAUGAUCAUUUAGAUAGCUCGGACUCAAACGAUUAAUUUUGGGAUACAAUCUUAGAUGUAAUCUAUAGAUUUUUUUUUUGCCUGAGACGAUGUACAAAUACCCAUUUGCAGAGACAUUACUGUACACAUACAAAUGCCACAUACACAGGGCUGAACUGAAUACAUGUUUGGAGAGGCAUUACUGUAUAUGCAUGCCACAUACACAUGGUUA